UAGUGGAGAUUUGAUUAAGAGAGCUAUCUUUAAUUAGUUGGGUAUUAUUCAAAAAGGUAAUUAGAGUUCUCCAUUUUAUUAAUUUCAAUCAUAAACAAAGCUUUCUCCAAUGGAGAUUUCUUCCAUUAGUGGGUUAACAGAAAUGGAAAUGGAGGAGCCAAGAUUUAUUGACCAAUGGCAAAUGAACUCACUUGAUGAAUUAGGGUUACUACCACUAGUAGCUCAUGCAUUUGGAGAUACCAUGCAACCAAAUUUCAAUCUCAAAAAUUCUUCUAUGGACACAUUUUCUCAUCUUUCAAGACCCACAAAACAACUUAAACCAAAUGAUAAUCUAAAUGCUAAUUUGCCCCCUAACUUUCUUUCUUUUUCCAAUUCUGCCCCUACAAAUCAUCAAAUUAAGCCUAAAGAAGAAGCACAUGCAAUUUUAUCCAAUCAUAUGAUGUUUUCUCAAGGUAAUUCUUUUGAGAACCAAAAUUAUGUAUUGAAGGCUUGCCAAGGAGCUAAGAGGAUCAACAAUGGUAGAAUUUCUCAAAGCCAAGAUCAUAUUAUGGCGGAAAGGAGAAGAAGAGAGAAGCUUAGUCAAAGAUUCAUUGCUUUAUCUGCUAUAGUUCCUGGCUUAAAGAAGAUGGAUAAGGCUUCAGUUCUUGGAGAUGCAAUAAAAUACUUGAAACAAUUGCAAGAAAAAGUUCAGAAACUAGAGGAGCAAACACAGAAGAAAACAAUGGAGUCAGUAAUAAUUGUGAAAAAAUCUCAACUGGUUUUUGGUGAAGAAGACAAUAAUUCUUCCUCAGAUGAAAGUUUUUCUUUUGAAGAACCAUUACCAGAAAUUGAAGUAAGAAUUUGUGACAAACAUGUCCUUAUAAGAAUUCAUUGUGAGAACAAGAAGGGAAUUUUGGAGAAAACUAUUUCUGAAAUUGAGAAAUUUCAGCUUUCUGUUAUUAAUACUAGUGUUCUCACAUUUGGAAGCUGUGCUCUUGAUGUUACCAUCAUUGCUCAGAUGGAUGUUGAAUUUAACAUGCCAGUGAAGGAUCUUGUCAAGAAUCUACAUUCAGCUCUCAAGUUGUUCAUGUGAAGAAGACCCAAUCAAGAACUCAAGAAAAUAACUUAAUUUCUUGAAAUUCAAGAAUCAUUUUCUUGAUAUCAAGAAACCCUAAUUUCUUGAAUUCUUGAAUUCAAGAAUCACUAUUAGAAUAAAAUUUUCUCAUCUAUAAUUAAAUUAAGUUUUACAAGGCCUGAAAAGCUCCACCACCAUGGAUCAUUUCUAGUAAUUAAGCUAUGUUUGCUGUGUGAUUAAUUAAUUUUGCAGGAAUGUUUUUAUUUUUUUUGCAUGGCUAACUAAUAAUAAAUUAGUGACCAUGUUUAAUACAUUCCUGUUUUAAAAGGGUGAUUUCACACGGCUUGUUUGGGCUUUUUUUUAAUGGGGGGUUGAUGAUUCAACUGAACAUGUUAUUUUUCUUGUUCUAUACCUAAAAAGUUGUUGAACAAGUUAUUUUUAGGUGUGUAGACAAACAGGCCUUUAUUUGUAGUGUGUUAAUUUCUUGGUCAAUGUUGUUUUAGAGGGAUCUAUAUGUUGUUUGAGCCUCUUUUUUCUUUGUAAUUUGUAAUAAUUUGGUUGGUCUUAAAUCUUAAUGGAAUGAUUAUGACUUGCUAAAA